UAUGAUCGGAGAGGAACUGCGCUUCAGGUUGGAAGCGGUGCGAUCAUGGCCGAGCGAGUCCAGCAGCCCCCAGCCAAGCGGCUCUGCUGCAGGCCCGGCUACAACCCGGCAUGCAGACAGGGGCAGCGGGCUGGAGGAGUCCUGUGUGGCGGCGCGGGGUCCGCUCCGGGAGGGUCGGGGACUGGAAAAACGCACAACCCCGAGUCGUUGCUCGAUAUCGCGGCACGUAGAGUCGCUGAGAAGUGGCCGUUCCAGAGGGUGGAGGAGCGGUUCGAGAGGAUCCCGGAGCCCGUCCAGAGGAGGAUCGUAUACUGGUCAUUCCCAAGAAGCGAGAAGGAGAUCUGUAUGUAUUCCUCUUUCAACGCCGGAGGAGAGGAAAGUGGAACUAGCGGGGACAAUAAUGACGAGACCCAGCUGCCUUUCCUACGGGGUGUCACUCUGCUAGAGGGUGGCUGGGUGGACAACGUAUUGCAAGUCGGUUUCCACCUCAGCGGCACAGUGACGGACCCCGCCACGCCCUCAUCCCCUGAACUCGUCUGCAGCGUUAGCGUCAGCUUCGAUCGCUGCAAGAUCACAGCGGUGACAUGCACCUGCGGCAACAAAGACAUCUUCUACUGCGCCCAUGUAGUGGCGCUGUCGCUAUACAGAGUACGGAAGCCCGAGCAGGUCAAACUGCACCUGCCUAUCUCAGAAACCCUGUUCCAAAUGAGCAGAGAUCAGCUGCAGAAGUUCGUCCAGUAUCUGAUCUCAGUUCACCACACAGAAGUUUUACCCACCGCACAGAAACUGGCCGAUGAGAUUCUGUCCCAGAACUCGGAGAUCAACCAGGUCCAUGGGGCCCCCGACCCCACGGCAGGAGCCAGCGUGGAUGACGAAAACUGUUGGCAUCUGGAUGAAGAGCAGGUUCAGGAGCAAGUCAAGCUCUUCCUGUCGCAGGGAGGCUACCACGGCUCGGGCAAGCAACUCAACCUGCUCUUCAGCAAGGUGAGGGAGAUGCUGAAGAUGCGUGACUCCAACGGAGCGAGGAUGUUAACACUGAUCACAGAACAGUUCAUGGCCGACCCUCGGCUGGCGCUGUGGAGACAGCAAGGCACCACCAUGACCGACAAGUACAGACAGCUCUGGGACGAGCUAGGAGCCCUGUGGAUGUGCAUUGUACUGAACCCUCACUGCAAACCAGAGCAGAAGUCCUCGUGGCUGCGCCAGCUGCGCAGAUGGAACAGCGUGGACGUCUGCCCCUGGGAGGAUGGUAACCACGGCAACGAGCUGCCCAACCUCACCCACUCACUGCCUCAGGGUGCCCAUGGCAACCAAGAAAUGCGUCCUCAUCGGACCGUGUUCACUCGGGCCAUUGAGGCCUGUGACCUGCACUGGCAGGACCGACACCUCCAGCACAUCAUCGCCAGUGACCUCUAUGCCAACUACUGCUACCAUGACAACCAGGAGGGCUCCCUCUUUGACUCACGUGGCUGGCCCUUGUGGCACGAACACGUCCCAACAGCCUGUGCGAGAGUGGAUGCCCUACGUUCUCACGGUUACCCAAGAGAAGCCCUCCGAUUGGCCAUCGCUGUAGUGAACACGUUACGGCGGCAACAACAGAGGCAACUGGAGCACUUCAGACGACACAAGAAAGAGUUGCUCCACAAAGGCCACACUUCCAUAACAAACAUGGAGGGCUGGGUGGGACACCCCCUGGAUCCCAUUGGCACCCUGUUCAGCACCCUAACAGAGUCAGGGAGAGCGGGAGAAGAGGGCGCCAACACCUGCUUAGACCUCUCAGAUUGCUCCAGUGUCGUAAGCCGAGCAGACCUUCAGCGAAUGCCUGUGCAGCGAUUGUUAGGAGAUGGGGAAUCAUACGUGGCGCUGGCGGUGGAGACGGCUCUGAUCGGCUUAGGCCAGCAGCGGGUGAUGCCGGAUGGGCUUUAUGCUCAAGAGAAGGUGUGUCGUAAUGAAGAGCAGCUAUUGGCUAAGCUGCAGGAAGUGGAACUGGAUGACUCUCUGGUCAAAAUCUUCCGUAAACAGGCCGUCUUUCUGUUAGAAGCUGGUCCGUACUCUGGCCUCGGAGAGAUCGUCCACAGAGAGAGUGUCCCCAUGCACACCUUCGCCCGCUAUCUCUUCACCUCUCUCCUACCUCACGACGCUGAACUGGCGUACAAAAUUGCACUGAGAGCCAUGAGGUUGCCGGUGUUGGAGUCGACGGCCUCAUCCGGUGACCUGUCUCGACCCCACCACAUCGUGUCCGUGGUGCCCAACCGCUAUCCGCGCUGGUUCACCCUGAGCCACAUAGAGUCUCAGCAGUGUGAGCUGGCCUCCACCAUGCUCACUGCAGCCAAAGGUGACAGUCGCAGGCUGGAGACGGUCCUGGAGUCCAUCCAGAAAAACAUCCACUCCUCGUCUCACAUCUUCAAACUGGCACAAGAUGCAUUCAAGAUUGCCACUCUGAUGGACAGCCUGCCUGACAUCACACUUCUCAAAGUUUCUCUGGAGCUAGGACUGCAGGUGAUGAGAAUAACUCUGUCCACGUUAAACUGGAGGAGAAGAGAGAUGGUGCGCUGGUUAGUCACAUGUGCCACUGAAGUUGGUGUGUAUGCACUGGACAGCAUCAUGCAGAGCUGGUUCACCCUCUUCACCCCCACAGAGGCCACCAGCAUCGUGGCCACCACCGUUAUGUCCAACAGCACUAUAGUCCGCCUCCACCUGGACUGCCACCAGCAGGAGAACCUGGCCUCGUCUGCCCGCACCCUGGCCCUGCAGUGUGCCAUGAAGGACCCCCAGAACUGCGCCCUCUCUGCCCUCACACUCUGUGAAAAGGACCACAUUGCCUUCGAGACAGCCUACCAGAUUGUACUGGACGCAGCAGCAACGGGGAUGAGCUACACGCAGCUUUUCACCAUAGCACGCUACAUGGAGCAUCGCGGUUACCCGAUGAGGGCGUACAAGCUAGCAACGCUAGCAAUGGCUCACCUGAACCUUAGUUACAACCAGGACACACACCCAGCCAUCAAUGACGUGCUGUGGGCCUGCGCACUCAGCCACUCAUUAGGGAAAAACGAGUUGGCAGCUGUUAUCCCCCUUGUGGUGAAAAGUGUGAAGUGUGCCACUGUACUCUCUGACAUUUUGCGGCGGUGCACGCUGACCACGCCGGGCAUGGUGUCGGCGUUGCACAGUCGCAGGAACUCUGGGAAGCUGAUGUCCCUGGACAAGGCGCCGCUCAGGCAGCUGCUGGACGCAACCAUCGGGGCCUACAUCAACACCACACACUCACGGCUCACACACAUCAGCCCGCGCCACUACAGCGAGUUCAUCGAGUUUCUGGGGAAAGCCCGGGAGACUUUCAUGAUGGCUCACGACGGACACAUUCAGUUCACACAGUUCAUAGACAACCUGAAACAGAUCUACAAGGGCAAAAAGAAACUAAUGAUGCUGGUGAGGGAGAGGUUUGGCUGAGGGUGAGGCUCCCCUCCCGCUCUAGUACUUUUCUAUUAACUUGAGUCUGCCUUUUGAACUUCUUUUGGACGUAUAAAAUAGACAAGUAAAAAGAGGGAUGUGACUUGUAGAAUGAAGCAAAAGAGAAAGGAAAAGAUGACAAAAAAAUCAACAGAGCCACAUGCGGUAUUAUUGUUCUUGCUGUUGUUAUUGUUAUAAACAUUAUUACUAUUAUUAUUAUUAAUAAUAUUAUUACUACUAUGUGUACAGAAGUGUUUUUAUUUUUCAGAAGAGAGGAAAUUUGUCAUGUUGUGAAUGUUGUGCGUAUUUCUCUACAUGUGUGCGAGAGGAAAAUGAAAAGUGAAAUGGCUUUUUUAAAGUUUUUGUUCCUUUUAUUUUUAUGAUUUAAACAUCUUUUUUCCCUUUUUCAGUGUAUAUUGAUUUAAAAGUUGUCAAGUGGCCGAAGCCCUUCUGCAAAAGCGCUCAUGUAAAAACAAGAAGUUGAAAAAGAAAACUCUGCAUCCUCAAAGAGAAACUAAGGCUUUAAACCACACGGAGCACCUCCCUCUGCCCAGGCCCUCACUGUUAGGGUGCUGGGCAGCACUGCACAGCUUAGCUUGGCUCAGCUCAGCUUGGGUUAGCACUGACAGAAAGCAGCCAUCAGCAUUUCUUUAGACAUAGCAGUAACAGCAGCAGCACUUGAGCAGCCAUUAGUUUUCUCUGGGUCGCAGCUAUUUACUGUUUGCACACAACAGCCAUUUUCCUCUGAUGUCAUGAGCAAGCUCUGAGGUCAAAUGCAUCAUUUGUUUUUCUACUGUUUUCCUGGUUUUAAAGUCAUACUUUAUACACAUUAAUAUGCAAAUGAAAAAAAGAGAGAAACUGAACAAAAUUUACAGGUAAAACUGCAUUUUUAAUCAUCUAUAACUACCAAUAAAUAGCUAGUUAGCGUUCAACUUCUUGGUAGCUAUAAUAAACACUUAGAGCUAUGUUGGCUAAAAAUUCAAGCCUCUCCUAUACAUUGCAUUACACUUAUAAAUGUAAGAACAAUUUUCAGCUACUUCCAGGCUUAUGGUUUUAUUAUUCAAUUAGCAGCUACUUGCUAACAUUAGUUUUGGCUAGCCUCAGGUAGCUGUGUAGCAUUCUUACAUUUGAAAACAACCAGUUCUAGCUUUAACCAAUUGUUAGCUUUAAUAAACAUCUAGUCUUGUCAUAAGUAACUGUUAUUUAAAGUAAGAAAAUCAACACUCUUAUUGUGUAACACUAACAAAUGUUAUCAAAACUUUUAGCAUCCUCCUAGCUAAAGGUAACAUCUUAGAAGGGAAUGCUUGCAAUUGUUUUUAUCUACCCAUAGCUAAUUGCACAUCAGUUCUACAACUUUUUGGCAGAAGCCAAUAUAAGUAUUCAAACACUUACUAGGCAAAUCUCUGCCAAUGUUAUGCAAACUAGUAUUUGACCCUUUCUGUUAUCAUCUGUAACACUGCCUAUUGUAGUUUUAAGUAACUUCCCAGCUAAUGGGGAAAUACACUGCUAAUGCUAUACCUUCAGCGUUAACCUUAAGUGAUACUUUAUCAACUCAAUAUCAUCUUAACAGCUGGACAACAGCUAAUGCUAGCAUUCAACCUUUCAGCUAAAUAAAUAUCUAGCCAAUGUUGUAGCUAGAAAGUUAAACCUGUCUUCCUAGCUAACUGCUGUAUGACCUCGAAGAGGCAGGAUGCUAUGAUCAGCAUAAUGAUUGCUAUAAUUUUUCUUGUUUAACAGUUAAAUUAUUCUACCAUUUCUACCACUUGAUAACAGCAUAUACUGGCAUUUGGCCAACAUUUGCCUAGCUAUGAUAUAGUAAAAGUACAGCUAUUGAGUGUAACCGUACUAAACUGUAAAGAAGCUUUCAACAACUUCCCAACAUUACCUCUGGAGUGGCUGAUUGCUAACAUUAGCUCUAAUUCUAAUUGAUAUUUCAUCAACUCAAUGUCAUUUUUACAUUUAGACAAGAGCUAAUGCUAGCAUUCAGCCUCUCAGCAAAAUAAAUUCCUAGCUAAACGGCUUUGUCAAUUCUUGGUUAACUGGUAAGCGAUUCUACCAUUUCUACCACUUAACAACAGAGUAUAGUGGUAUUUGGCUAAGUAAUUAGCUUGUAAUAGUAUAGCCUUAGAGUGUUACAGAACUGUAAAGCUUUCAACAACUUCCUAGCAUUGCCUCUAGAGUGGCUGAAUGCUUACAUUAGCUUGUCAAACCUUGGUUAAUUAUUGAUUAAUGCCAACAUUUCAACCACUGCACAACAGUUUAUGCUAGCAGUUGGUCUCUUGCUAGCUAAUAAAUCCCCAGCCAAUGAUAUAGCCAGAAAUUAAAGUCACUAUAGCUUUUGAGUGUCACAGUACUAAACUGUAUAGAAUGUCUUACAUAACCUCGAGUGGCUGAAUGCUAACAAACCUUUGUCCAGCCUUUGCUAAUCAAUUGUUAUCACCACGCAACAGCAGCUAAUGUCAAUAACCACUUGCCUGCUAAAUUAAUACCUAGCUAAUGCUAAAGCAAGAAAUUUGAGCCUCUUGUCAGGGUUUUAAGAGCAUCCUAGCAAAUCUAGUACCGUGUAUGUAACUAUAUGCUAACAUCAGCUGUUUUCUAGCUGUCAAAAGGUUGUUGUAACUCAGAAAAAUAGCAGGACUUCUCUUACUGAUCAAUCCAGAAGUGGCAGAUACAUGUAUACAAAUUGCAACAUAGCAGUUUCACAUUUUAUCAGCCUUUGAGCAUCCCAUCCUGGGUUUGACAUUUUAGGACAAUUGCUGUUGUGUGGUUUUGGUCAAUUUACUUCAUUACACAACUAUGCUCUUAGUAAACUUGUGUUGUUAUUGUUGUAAUCCUCCAUCUCCAUAAAGAGUACAUGUUAAAGACAGAGUGAAGUGUGCCGGCUACAGAUAAUGAGUAUUAUUGUUACAUUAAUGUAAUGAAGUACAGCUGUGAUUUCUGACAGCCUUAGUUUGGCCGUUACAGAUGAAUUCCCCAACUUUGUUGAUACCCAGAGGGAGAAGACUACCUCAUGAUACGGUAUUGAACCUGCUCCCAUUUUUUUGCGAUCAUGAUAUUUAUCACCUAUAAUAGCUGACAGUGUUAAUUAAACAGGAGAUCCACUAGCGUGACCAAGGUUAUGAGGAGAAGUGGAGUCUAAUUCCUGCUGAGGUGUUUUUACACUCGGCCCUGCUGUUCAUCACCGCUCCAGCAUUGGUACUUACACCCCGAAAAAAAUUGGCUCUAACACACUAGGAUGAGUACGUUAGUCCCCUUGUCAUCAUUACAGCCACCAUUGUAUUUUCAGACUAGGCCAGUGUCAUUUCCCUCUGUGCAUGUGAAUCAUAGAAAUUAGACUUUCUACUGUUAUAGUUCAUUGUGUGGAAACUUCAGUAAUUGUCAACCAGAACGUUCUCAGGGAUUUCUCUACACAGGAAAAAAAGGCGGAACAAAUGAACGACUGACUACAGGAAAAAAGACAAAAACACAACACAAACAUGAGCGAGCAUUUAUUGUACUCUGUAUAUAUGCCAUAGUAUAUGUCUGAAUAUGGAGGAUCUGAAAGUAUAUGUUAACUAAUUUAUACAGAGUAUUCUAUGUAAUGUGAAAUACUUGAAGCCGCUGUAGUUUGCUCUCUCUCUCGCUCUUUUUCUCUUUUUUGUCUUCUUUUUUUUCUCUUUUGUUGAAAAACAGAACAUAUCAGAAGGACUGGACUGACCUUGUUGACGGCUUUUUGGACUCGUACGUUCAUACUUGAGCAGCUGGAUCCUGCAGGUUGAGUCUGAUUGUGAUGUGGGAGAAAACAUUGUUCAUUCCUGCUGACUAAGAAAGUGGAUGGAGGUAGACUACUUCAAGUUUGAAAACACAAUACAGGAUUUCUUCAAGUACUUAAUCAUGCAUGUAAGCUCUUGCACUAGCCUGGAUUCCCAUAGGAUCCUAUGGGGGGAAUACUAUAAUAAUGCGCUUUAUACAGGAGCUAACUGGAGAUAAAUCUGGUUUAAAAUAUCAUGUAUUAUGUGUCCAGCCUUACAUGCAUUUAAGGACAUCUCCUGGCGGAAGUCUGUCUCUUUUUGCAGUAAUAAAACCCUCAUUAAAUUAACUUUAUCGCUGUGCAACUCAACAAAACUUUGGCAAUUAUGCACAGGUUCAAACUAGCUAAGAUUAAAAAAGCGAGUCUCCUCAGUUCUCCCUUUCAUUCACAGCAGAAUUUCCAGCGUCUCAUCUGCGAUGUUCAGCUGUUCUAUCAUUACUUGCCUUUAUUACCUUCUUCAUAUGUCUGAUUUUUCUUUUUUUCUGUGCAUCUUUCUUUUUCUAUCUCGUGUUCAUUAAAGAUAAAAGCAGCCUUUUCUCUUGCCUUGUCUUAACGCUUUAAAGUAACCAAACAGGAGAUCUGUCUAACAACCAAACGCGUUCUAAGAGGUGAGAGACGACCCACCUUUGGUCCCAGCUUUAGUGUCCUUAAUUAGUAAGUGAAUGGCUGUGUAACUCAUGCUUUAACAAGCAAUUCCUCACGUGUGUUUGGUGAAAAAAUACGUUGUCCAGUGUCUCUUGUUCUCUUCAGAAACAAUUUCCUCUGAGUCUUUCUAGCUGUUUUAUUUUAUUUUUUAUUUUUUGUUUCGUUUGUGUAGGAAUCUUCUGCUCUCCCAUUUUAUUUAUUACAAUGACCCAUGUAUACAUGCUUAUGAAAUUAAGAUUUGAUACACCGAUAUCAAUUUAUUUAUGUAACUAAAUCACUGUUUUAUA